UUCAGCCUUGUGUAAGAACGAAACGCACUGAGCGUGUGAUAAUUUGGCGGUAUAACCUGCAAGGAGCAGGUGACAGCAGCUAGUAGCCAUUUGUAGACUUCAUUAUUAAAGUGCACAGGAGUCCAUGCCGUCACGAUAAUUGGGAUUCAUAUUUUCGCUGUAUGUCAUGUGAAAAGACCUAUCGCACUUGAAUUCGAUUUAGAAAAGCUGCCGAGGAUGUCCCAAGACGAAGGCUCCAGUCCCACCAAUUUGCGCGAAUUUCGCAUGCAAAAGAAACCAGUUUUGUCCCACAACAAACCCAGCAGCAAUGGUCUACUGAACUCAUCGACCGAGGUUAGCCCAGUUAAAACGCCUAUUAGACGUAGAAUAGUUCCUAUUUUAGAUUCGGACUCUGAGGACUCCGAGAUGCACGCGAACGGGGCCCACAAGCCUUCUGUCAGCUGCAGCAGCAGGCCUGUCCAGAAGAAGUCAGACAAGGUUCUGGAGAGAGAACGCCAGGUCCGCUACCUCAUCAAGAACUUCCCCCAUGUUCAAUCAUUCGAAAUUUAUGAACUGAUUUCCAAGGUUAAUUUUGACCUGGAAGUUGCUGUUAAUGAACUUAAGCUGACAUUAGAGAAGGGUGUUGAUAUCAUUGAUUAUAAAGAUUGGAAAGAGGAAUCGCCAGUGAAACAGUUCAGGCCUAUUUUAAAGCGGGAGAGAAUUGAGCACAUAGUGAAACAAAGCAAAGCCAAGAAACGCAGAAUUGAUCAUCAUGAUGAGGACAGUAAUGAUAGCAUUAAAGAUUUCAAAGAUAAUAGAGUUUUUGACAGUGACGAAGAUUCCGAUGUCGAAGUAUCAAACGAGUUGACUGGUGACAAAAAGAGAGUUCUCGAGUUCAUGCAAACGGCGAAACCCAACGAGCUGCAAUUGAUGUCUAACUGCUCUAAAAAGAAAGUGGAUGCGAUUAUCGCAAGUAGACCGUUUACCGGUUGGAUCGACUUGGUGAAAAAGCUGGAAGAAAAUAAGAAUCUCAGCGGAGAUAUUCUGAACGCGGCGCAACGUGUUUUAAUAACCAGAAAUAAUAUUAGGCAGCUGAUGAAGAAAUGCGCAAGUAUUGCGUCGCAAUUGGAAUGUGCAAUCAAGAAUGAAGGAGGCGUUAAGAGGCAACCUUCUAAUCUGUCCUCAUCAUUGAAGUUAACAAAUUACCAAAUGGUCGGGUUAAAUUGGUUCGCUGUUUUGCAUCAGCAGGGCGUGAAUGGUAUUUUGGCGGAUGAGAUGGGAUUGGGUAAAACUGUUCAGGUGAUCUCAUUUCUGGCGCAUCUGAAGGAAACGAAAGCAGCUAUCACCACGCACUUGGUGGUUGUUCCAGCAUCUACUCUAGAAAAUUGGAUGAACGAGUUUGGAAGAUGGUGCCCUGAAUUAAGAGUAUUGCUUUACUAUGGAAGCGCAGAGGAACGUAGGAGCUAUAGAUUUAUGUUCGCCGAGGGGAAGCACAAAGACUUCGAUGUCGUUUUAACUACUUAUAAUAUGGUGAGUAGCAGUCCGGAGGAACGGAAGAUGUUCAGGGUGACUCCGAUGCAUUACGUAAUAUUUGACGAAGCGCACAUGUUGAAGAACAUGAACACGCAACGUUACGAAACAUUGGCCAGGAUCAAAGCAGCCAAACGUAUCUUGUUGACUGGAACUCCUCUCCAGAACAACUUGCUGGAGUUAAUGUCUCUCUUGAUAUUCGUCAUGCCUAAUAUAUUUUCGGAGAAGGCGGAUGAUCUGAAAAGCCUUUUCCAGAAGAACAAUAAGAAAGAUAAGGAUAGUGAUGAUGAUAUUCCGACAUUUGAGAAGGAUCAGGUGGAACAGGCUAAGAGAAUCAUGAAGCCGUUCGUGCUGAGACGGUUAAAACGUGACGUGCUUAAGGAUUUGCCCAAAAAGACGGAUUUGAAAUUGAACGUUGCUAUGGUGCCUUCGCAAGAAACGAAAUAUAUGGAGUUGAUUACUGCGUUCCAAGAAGCUGGAACAAAGGAGGAGGGAGGUAAAUAUAAUGGUAUGACGAUGAUGUCCGACUUGAGGAAGCUUGCCAAUCAUCCGCUUUUGCUAAGAUACCACUAUAAGUAUGAGGAUUUGCCAAACAUCGCUAGAAAAUUGGCAGCAGAUCCUGGUUACAAGGAUACUGUUGUCGAUUAUAUUGUGGACGAUCUCGCUUGCAUGUCGGAUUUCGAGAUCCACACGAUGUCCAAAGACUUCGCCUGCCUGAAGAAGUUCCAGCUUCCGGACGAGUUGAUCACCGUCUCCGGAAAGUUCAGCUUCCUGGACGAGAAGCUGGCCGAGCUGAAGAAAGGCGGACACAGAGUGCUGAUUUUCAGUCAAUAUGUGAUAAUGCUUAACGUUUUAGAGGAAUAUUUGGACAUUCGCGAUCAUUCCUAUUUACGUCUCGACGGCAACACCGCGGUCACAUUGCGGCAGGAGCUGAUCGAUCAAUACUCGUCCGAUCCAAACAUUUUCAUAUUCCUGCUGAGCACGAGAGCUGGAGGUCUCGGUAUCAAUUUAACCGCCGCAGACACCGUCAUCAUUCACGAUAUCGAUUUCAAUCCGUACAACGAUCGUCAGGCCGAGGAUCGCUGCCACAGGAUGGGUCAGACCAAACCAGUGACGGUCUACAGACUGAUCUCCAAAGACACCAUCGAAGACGGCAUGUGGAAUCUGACGCAGGAGAAGCUUAAGCUGGAGAAGGAGAUUACGUCCGACGACUACGAAAACACCGAGACGAAGAGCGUCGUCACGCUGCUUUCGACCGCCUUGGGAAUAGAUUCUACCAAAAUGGCUGGGCUCGUCACGCAGAAAAAGAAAUCUUGAUAAAUAUAAGCUCAUUACUUUCUUGACACACACCCUCUGUUUUACUGUUGAUCAGUUAAAAUUGUUUUCGAUUUACAUAUUUAGUUCAAUUACAUAUUUUUUUAUUCUACAAUACAAUUACGUAAU